CAAUAUACAUACCAAAGCAUAUUUACAUACCUUUUAAUAUAAGGGCAUGGGUUACCCAGAAGUGAUAUAAUUUUUUAUUUAAAAAAAUAAGAAAAUAACAGCACACAAACGUAAAUCAAGAAACUACUGAACCGAUUUAGUUAAAUUUUGACGUGACCAUACUUUCCGCAAAUUCCUGCACACAGUUUAUAUUCAAAUACAAUUAAAUCAAUUUUUUAAACAGAAUUAAGAUUAAUUUAAUAAUAAAUUUGAGUUCAAUUUUAGUUUAUUUUUUAUAUUAUUAGACAGAUCAAAAAAAAAAUGCACUACCCAACGCCUUAACAUAACACUCUUCAUGUGUGUGUAUACAGGUGUGUUGUGUUAUCACUAUUUAGCUCUUUAGAGUAACUAACGCUCUUUCUCUCUUAAUGAUAAACUGCUUAAUACCAAUACAUAUAUGUAGCUUAUAGCUAGCUGAAGUCAACAGAUAGAUAACCAGUUUUUUUUUGAACGUGGUUAGUUAGCACCAAAGUUAAUGGCUGAAUUUAUUUUAGUAGUUAAAAGUGUUUAUUGACGACUGCAACAACAUCGAAAUCAUUUUAAUAUUUUCUUGGUUUGUUUUGAUUUUAAACUUUACAAAAAACAACAUAAACAAAAUCACAACAAAAAAAUAACUAAACAUAAUAAAUGCUAUAAUAAUAAGAAAAAGUGAAAAUUGAAAUCAAAACAAAAACAGUGAAUUUCGAAAUAUAAAAAUAACCGCAAAGUAUCUUUAAGAUACGCCUAUAUUGUUUUUAAUACUCAAAACUUACUAAAAAUAACAACAACUGUACAUACAACACAAAGCGUAAUAAUAAUUAAAACAAAUCAACGUACGUUAUGUCUUAUGGUGCCGAGCGUGCAUUGGCCUAUUUUUAUCCCAUGGUUAUAGUUUCCACGGUUAUAUGCUGCAUUACAUCGGCGGUGGCCUGGACACAUUGGCGCUAUGUCUUAAAUGCCUGUCCAGACACUAAUUGCGGUUGUUAUUUACAUGCCCAAUCCACCUUCUAUUCAUUCCAGGGUGGCCCAAUAGCUUACUGUUAUUAUGCCACUUAUGGUCAGUUACUGCCUCUGCUCUUCUGUGUUGUGUUGGGCAUUUAUCAUGUAUAUCGUGUAUGCAUGGGCACUGCCAAGAGGAAGACAGGAACUACAACAAUUAGACAAAGAUCCGGUGACAUGGUUGUUGUAACUACUGAAUCCGAAUUAACAGAUAAUGAUAUAUCACCCUAUUAUUGGUUACCCACAAGUAUUAUAGCCUGUUUUAUGGCCAUUUACACACUAAUAUAUGCCUCCAUUUACACUGAUGGUUUUGACGUCACUUGCAAACAAUAUCGUGAGUCCCUGCUAAAGGAAAUCCAAGGUGUAGGCAAUAUAGUACCCGUUAUUAAGAGUCGCCUCUCCUGUUCGGCUAUAUUUGAUUUUAUGGAUUAUUUAGUGCAGAGUUCUUCAUUUGAGAGACGUAAAUAUGGGCACAUUAAUAGUUCCAUAUGCUUCCAUAUGACUCUAAUUUUUGGCUGGUUGGCUGUAUUCGGUUGGGUUGUUAUUGCCAUUAUAAAUAUAGUACAAACGAAACGAACAAAACCCGCAAGAGUUUAAAAUUGGUAUUACAUUUUUAUUAUUUUAAUUUUGUAAUUAAACUAGAACGAAUAAGUAUAUACAUAUAUAAUAAUAUACAAAUGCCAUGAAAGAGAUUUUUUCCAAUGUUUACGAAAUUUGUUUACUAUUUCUUCUCUAACGAGUAUUUACAUAUGUAAUAACAAUAUAAUUUAAGUAUUUUUAAUAAAACAAUCAUGAUUAAUCGGAUGAAUAAAAAUAAAAAAUAA